GCCACAUCCUCGACGUGCCACAGGCCAGCAUGACGCAGACAAUAGCUGUUAUUCUCCACGCCCGACCCGUCCAUGACGGAAUUUCAAAUAUACUCAGCACUCCGUGUGAAGAAUAUGGUCCAAGCACUCGGGCCAGGACAAAGGUCUCCCCCGCCUUCUGUCCUCACAGCAAUCGUCACAGAAUGGAGGUUGCUGAGACGAUGGAAAUGGAUGCCUUCCACGGAGAUGGACAGAAUGGGACCGAAUUGCAGACGAAAUCUCUGGUCGGGAAGAUCAGAACUCCGCUAAGGCUUGUUCAGGACAUCUGGAUCAGUCUGAGUGCGUUCAGCAUCAGAUCGACAUGCAAAAAGGGACUCUGAUUGCCGAGAUCAGAUACCAAUCUGUUGCACUAUCACGAUAUUCGGCGAAAAGGUCGAUCUCCUCUGACCUCACCUCACUCGGUUGGCCCAAGCUUAGCCUUCUCCAGAUGAUAUCACGUCCUUUCUAAGGUUUGAGAUUAUCUCAUAUGAUACCCCCAGCGAGUCUAUGAUGUAUAUAACCUAGCACUUUUCAAGGAUCCUAAACCCCCCCAAACGAUUCAUCUGAAUUAGAACACCUCGACACGAGUUCAAUUACUGCCCGAAUAGCAAGCCUAACCUGGAUACAAUGGAUGCAGCAAAAGCAGCCGUCCAGAAAAUCACCGGCAACCGGGGCCACCACACCACGGUGGAAGAAACGGUCAACCCAGCAGUCACCCAUGAGAGUGUCAAACCUCACCGCCAUGAAGAACAUACUCAGGCCGUUGACCGCGAAGUGCAUCAACAUCACUACCACACGACGGUGCAGCCCCUCAGCCACACCGAAAAGCUCCCAGAGAAGCAUCACCACAACGUCUUGCCUGUAGAGCACCGGGAGUUCCACCACGACGACGAAGCAGACACCAAGGAGAGGAUCACCACAGAACUAGGUCGUUUUAAGGACCAUUCGACAACGCACGAGACUCACCACACCCAAGCGGCUGCACCCACCGUCACUGGAGAGCAUGUCCAUCACCACGUCCACGAAACUGUGGUGCCGGUGAUUCACAAAGAGACGAUCCAGCCGGAGGUUGUGCACACCACCGUGCCCAUUCACGAAACACACCACGCCGCAGCUCAGCACCACGGACUUUCAGCAUUACCCAUGAAGACUCUUGAUGAAUUUAAAAAGGCUGGUGGCGCCCUGACUGGUGGGAGCCACGCCGCGCAUGAAGAAUAUGAGGGUGCACCCCGACCAUACAAUGACAAACUUUCCACGACGUUUGAGAAGCUGGAGGAGAAGUUCCACGGCACCUCGUCCAGCCCUACCACCAACAAGACCCACCGGCCUACCGACUCUGGUGUCGGUGGCGUGGGCAAUGACCACGUUAAUGGUGGCUCAGUGGGAAGAGAACACCACAACAUAGCUGGAAAUGGAAUUGAUGUUGCCAAUCGACACACCGACGGCCCUGGACAUACCACCACGGAAGGGACUAAACCCAGCAUGGGCGACCGCGUGAACCCUCGCACAGACGCUGACCGAGAUGGAAAAGCUGGUGUGAUGGACUAGGGUCAGACAUGUGGGCAUGACAGCGUGGAGUUAAUUGUCUUUGGCGGGCAGUGUCAUGGGAAAUACAACUUCAUACGAGGUACAGCAACGAGAAACAUCAUGCAUCGACGAACAAAAGCACAUCAUACCUGCUCAGUGGCAUCUGCUAGCUACUGUCAACUGCAAAUAUGUAUAUCCCAUAUAACUUUGAAACAGACAUGAAGAUUUAUGCUCAUGGGCAUUGGAAUCUGU